AUGGCAGAAAACAAAGCUCGUCCUCCACCUAACCAAGAUUUGGAAUCUUUAUGUUAUUUAGAAACAAUGUUCCAAGAAUAUGGAUAUGACGAUGGCUUUAAGGAUGGCGAAAUAUCUGGCGAACUGGAAGGACGUAUUGUAGGCUGCGAAAAGGCUUUCGAAUUGGGUCGUGAGAUUGGAUUCUAUGCAGGAUGCGUGGAAAUGUGGACUGAGCUACAUAAUGUACAUCCCGAGAAAGUACCAGCACGAGCUAUGAAACAGAUCGAAACCCUAAAAAGGCAAAUUGAAGAUUUUCCUACUUAUAAUGACCAUGAAGUUGACUUGUUCGGUCUGAGAGACAAAAUGAAGAAUAAGCUGAAAGUGAUAUCCUCCUUAUUGGGUGUCAAUCAAAAAUACAUCAUUGCUGAAAAGCCCAAGAUGACAUAUUAG